UCCUCUUUGAAUAUCUAUUAUGCUGUAUGCUGAGGACUAGACUGACCAAUGACUUUCAGGGAUCUGUUCUGCCUCUCUCUUCUGCUGUCCUGUGCGGCCGUACUACCAUGAGCACUUCUACUCCAUCCUCAGCUAAUGGCAACGAUAGCAGACAGUUUAAAGGAGACCGUUCUCCCUGUGGUCCUUCCCGAGUGCUCCACGUCCGCAAGGUUCCCAUCGAGGUGUCUGAGGCUGAGCUCAUCUCUCUAGGAGUCCCCUUCGGUAGAGUCACCAACCUGUUGAUGCUGAAAGGGAAAAACCAGGCUUUUAUAGAAAUGGCUUCUGAAGAGGCAGCGAUCACCAUGGUGAACUACUACACCACAGCAACACCUCACGUACGCAACCAGCCAGUCUACAUCCAGUACUCCAACCACCGCGAGCUCAAGACAGACAACCUGCCCAAUCAGGGGAGAGCUCAGGCAGCGUUGCAGGCAGUCAACGCAGUGCAUUCUGGGAAUAUGGCGUUGGGCGGUUCAGCAUCGGGCAGUGAUGGAGCCUUGAUGCCAGGACAGAGCCCCGUGCUGCGCAUCAUUGUAGAAAACCUCUUCUAUCCUGUAUCACUGGAGGUCCUACACCAGAUCUUCUCUAAGUUCGGGACGGUCCUGAAGAUCAUCACUUUCACCAAGAACAACCAGUUCCAGGCCCUGCUACAAUAUGCUGACCCGAUGAAUGCCCACCACGCCAAAGUGACUUUGGAUGGUCAGAACAUCUAUAACGCGUGCUGCACUCUGCGUGUGGAGUUCUCCAAGCUGACCAGCCUGAAUGUGAAGUACAACAACGACAAGAGCCGAGACUUCACCCGCCUGGACCUUCCCUCCGGAGACGGACAGCCCACCAUGGACCCUGCUAUGACCGCCGCCUUCGGUGCUCCAGGUAUCAUCUCUUCACCUUAUGCUGGGGCAGCAGGUUUUUGCCCCACGAUCGGAUUCUCCCAAGCAGGUCUGUCCAUGCACACGAUGGCAGGAAUGGGACCCCUCGUCUCGGGACGGAUGACCCUGCACGGCAUGGCGCCCAUCGCCGUUCACUCUGUUCUCCUUGUCUCCAACCUCAACCCCGAUAGCAUAUCACCACACGAACUGUUCAUCCUAUUUGGGGUGUAUGGUGAUGUGCAUCGGGUCAAGAUUCUGUUCAACAAGAAAGAGAAUGCCUUAAUCCAGAUGGCCGACGCUACUCAGGCCCAGCUUGCAAUGUCCCACCUGAACGGCCAGAGGCUGCACGGCAAGGUGAUCAGAGUGACCAUCUCUAAGCACCAGACGGUCCAGCUGCCCAGGGAGGGACAGGAAGACCAGGGCCUCACUAAAGACUUCAGCGGCUCCCCGCUAGCCUGGAUCAGAACUUUCAAGAAGCCUGGAUCCAAGAACUUUCAGAACAUCUUCCCUCCCUCUGCCACCCUCCAUCUAUCCAACAUCCCCCCGUCUGUAACAGAGGACGUCCUAAAGGACCUUUUCUCUGGACCUGGAUACACAGUUAAGGCCUUCAAGUUCUUCCAGAAAGACCGGAAGAUGGCUCUGAUCCAGUUGGGUUCAGUGGAGGAGGCCAUCCAGGCCCUGAUCGACCUCCACAACCACGACCUGGGAGAGAACCAUCACCUCCGCGUGUCCUUCUCCAAGAGCACCAUCUGACCCGCCUGAACCCCCACUUCCCCACCCCUAAGGCCCCACUCCUGGGCUGGGCUAGCGGGAGUGAGCGACAGAAUGACCCACUUUGACUUAAAAACAACAGACAAUUGACUAGUUUAGAUGAUAUUGUUGAGUAAUAGACUACUGUAAUGCGAGGCCUUCAGAUAGAGACAGAGCUGGUCUGGAAGGAGUGAUGGUUGAUUUAUUCAGGGCAGGAAGAGAACAGAGUCGGGAUGAGUUGGCAUGGUGCAUCAUUAAAUCCUUAAAUAGGACCCUAACCCACGGGAUGGGAGAGAGGAAUUCAACUCUCCUUUAUCUGGCAUUAUAGGACCCUAUCCCACAGAAUGGGAGAGAGGUAUUCAACGCUCUUGGGAGGUUUCUGCCAAGUAUACCAUAGACACACCUAUACCACAGACACACAAGUAUACCAUAGACACACCUAUACCACAGACACACAAGUAUACCAUAGACACACCUAUACCACAGACACACAAGUAUACCACAGACACACCAAUCAUUGAAUACUUGACACUUAGCCCUGCUAUACAAUCAAGUUGCACAAUAUGCAUGAGUUAUGAAAGCUCACCUGCAACUCACCACCUACAGACCCACCUACAGACCCACCAUCUACAGACCCACCUACAGA